GACGGCGCCGGGACGCCUGGGUGCAUUGCAGAGGCCGCCACCGCCGGAGCGCUUUUGCCUCUGCCAGCUGCACCCGGCCGACAUGAAGACCCCCGGGGAGGUGUUGCGCGAGGGCGAGCUGGAGAAGCGCAGCGACAGCCUGUUCCAGCUGUGGAAGAAGAAGCGCGGCGUGCUCACCCCUGACUGCCUGAGCCUGUUCCCCACCGGCCCCGGCGCGCGCCCCAAGGAGCUGCGCUUCCACUCCAUCCUCAAGGUGGACUGCGUGGAACGCACGGGCAAGUACGUCUAUUUCACCAUCGUCACCACCGACCGCAAAGAGAUCGACUUCCGCUGCGCGGGCGAGAGCUGCUGGAACGCGGCCAUCACACUGGCGCUCAUCGACUUCCAGAACCGCCGCGCUCUGCAGGACUUCCGCAGCCGCCAGGAGCGCGCCGCGCCCGUCGGGCAGCCCGAGGCCGUGACGGCCCGCGCGCCCUGAGCGCCGACGCGGAGCCACACACUGGACGAGUCGGGCCGGACGCGGGCCGCGCCGGCAGGAGCUCAGGAAAUGCCCGGAGCGGCAGAGCCCCGGCGGCGCCCAGCCACUGACCACGGCGAGGACAAAGGCCGGGGCUGCGUCCCUGCCCGGCAGAGAAGGACCCUCUGCGGAGCCUCGCCCCCGCUGUGCGGGUGCAUUAAAUUAUUGGACUAUCUAUGUAUUUAUUUUGAUGGUAUUUGUGUUAAAACCAUCUGUCUUAAUAUAUAUACAUAUAUAUAUGUGUAUAUAUAUAUGUGUGUAUAUAUAUAUAUACAUAUGUGUAUAUAUAUGUGUAUAUAUAUAUAUAUAUAAUCAAUGUGUCCAUUCCAAAUAAACUAUCUGACUUGUUCUC